CUUACUUUCACAGCGUUCAAUAGCCCCAGCGAAUCCUCACUUAUCAAGACAACCUACACUACAGUCAAGGUCAAGAGUCAUAAGGAAAACGUGUUCAAUAUGCAAGCAGUCCGAGCUACUCCUAUCCCUUCUUCUUCACGCACUAUCACACUCCCCGAUCCACCAGCCGCACCUUCCACAUCAAGUACAGUCGGCGUCUUGAAACUUCGUGGAGCAGGAAGGAAAGGGAAAGUCGUUUGGUCAGAAGGUACUGUGGAUAAUGAACAUUUAGGAAGGAAAAAAUCAAAGAUAUGUUGUAUAUAUCAUAAACCCAGAGCAUAUGAUGAAUCUUCUUCAGAAAGUUCAGAAUCAGAUUGUGAUUCUCAUUCUCAUUCUCACUCUCACUCUCGACCCACACCGAAUAGUGGAAAGAAAGAUGGGACGGGAUCGGGACAAGGUACGAAACGACGUGAUGCUCCUGGGACACAAGUGGAAGAGAGUUCGGAAUCCGAGGGAGGUGCGGGGGAUGGGAAAGCCAGACCAAUGAAAGGCAAGAACAAACCCAAAAAAAGACCUUCAAACGACCCCAGUCCUUCAAGCGGAGAUAACAAAGACGGUCCCAAAGGAUCACAACCUCAAGCAAAUAAAUACGAUUAUCAUCCUCCUUCCCACUCUCAUUCGCAAAACCCUCAAUAAUAUCCUUUCGAUUUCAUACCUCUACUCUCCAGCAUCUUUGACUGCUUUCAUUUCCCAGACUCGGGUCCUAAAGCUUUCGACUCCGUGCGAGCACUUUGUCCUUGCGCCGUUGAGGCUCGAGAGGAUUUGUUGUCUAGGGGGGUAACUUUUGAUUCUUUUUCGAACAUUUGCAUGGAGGUAUCAAGUCUCUCGAGGGGUUUUUUGAAAUCGCCAGGGCUGUUGGGGUACAUGUAUCAGUUCAUAUGAUGUGGUUGACAAUUCAUGCAUUUCUUUGUAUCCUGUUGUUUU